AUGGGGAUCAAUACAAGGGUUACAAAUGAAAUGAAUAUGAGUAUCUCAAGGGACUUUACUAGAUUGGAGGUUGAAGAGGCUGUGAAGCAAAUGGCACCCCUCAAAUCACCUAGCCCAGACGGCUUUGGAGCAUGCUUUUAUCAAAAUCAUUGGAGUAUUAUAGUUGAUGAAGUGUGCAAGACUGCAUUAUCAGUACUCAAUGGUUCCAAAAUUAAUCCUACAAGGGGAUUAAGACAGGGUGAUCCUUUGUCACCCUAUCUUUUCCUCAUUUGUGGUGAAAGCCUUAGUAACAUUUUAAAUUCUUAUGAGAAGCAGAGACUAACAAGGGGUGUGCAAGUGAUAAGAGGGGGAACAAGUAUAAAUCAUCUCCUAUUCGCGGAUGACUGCAUAUUGUUUGGUAGAGCAAAGCUGGAAGAGUGGGGUAGAAUUCAAGAGUUGCUGAAAAAGUAUGAAAGAGCUUCUGGCCAGUUCCUCAACAAGGAGAAGACAUCAGUUUUUUUCAACAGCAAUACCAAGGCAGAAGACAAGAGAAGAAUAUUAGAAGCCGGAGAUUCGGUUCUGUGUGGAAGUUAUGAGAAAUACUUAGGUCUUCCUACUAUUGUAGGGAGGUCCAAGUAUCAGACUUUCAGCAUUCUAAAAGAAAGAUGGGGCAAGCAGCAAACAGAAUGGGGAAUACAAUGGAGGAAGUGGGUUAAGAUGGGACUUCAAAAAGGAAAGGGUAGACUGGGGUUCAGGGAUUUGGAGAGCUUCAAUCUAGCUCUCUUAGUUAAGCAAGGAUGGAGGCUUAUUAGGAAUCCUAACUCACUUACAGUUGUGUCACCAAUAUCUAGUCUGCAGGGUGAUUCUCGGGCUAAGGAGCUGAUUGAUAAUCAAAAAAGGGAAUGGGAUGAAGAAAAGAUUCGAUCUAUUUUCUCAGAUGAUGAGACUGAGCAGAUCUUAAGCAUACCUUUGAGCAAAGGCAAGGCACAAGAUAAAAUUAUAUGGGGUCCAUCAAAGAAGGGUCUUUUUACAAUCAACAGUGCCUAUUAUCUGCAAUUGGAGAGAUUAAAAAACAAAAAGGGUGGUUGCUCAGAGGAAGAAAAGGAAGAUAAGAGAUGGAGGUGUAUAUGGGAACUGGAAGUGCCAAGGGUGAACUGGAAUGCUUCACUGGAUCUAAGGAAGAAAAGAAUGGAAGUGGGAAUCAUGAUCAGAGAUGAAGAGGGGGAGGCUUUAGGGGCUAUAUGUGAUCAAAGACAACAUGUGCAAACUCCAGUAGUAGCAGAAGGUUAUGCACUUUGGAAGGCUUUGGAGCUGUGUAAUGACCUUAAUAUUCAGAAGGCCAUUUUUGAAGGUGAUGCAAAGGCUGUUAUUCUAGCAGUCUUAAGUACUAGGGAAGAUUUAUCAUUUGGUGGUUCUUUGAUUGAAGAUAUACAGUCUGUUCUAGCAAACAGAUCAGAUUGGUCUAUACAAUUUGCUUAUAGGGAAAAGAAUAAUGUGGCUCAUAGUUUAGCAAAAGAAGCUUUAAGAUUAGAAGAAAAAAAGGUUUGGAUAGAAGAAGUCCCAGUUUGUAUUGCAGCUUGUCUGAGCAAAGAUAAACUUUGUAUUGGUUAA